UUACACAACAAACAAAAAACCUAGACGAAAAAAAUAAUUUUCAUUAUUUGUGUUUUGUUUCUUCCUAGCUCCUACCUACAAACUAGUAUUUACUUAGCCCUUUGCCUCGAUCUUAUUGACCAUCCACAAUAUUUUGAAUCACCAACACAAUCUCUCUAUCUCUAGCAGAGUUCAAACACAAAAAAUAUUUAGUCACAAACUCCAAGACUUGAAACAUUUGUCUUGUGUUCUUCUUACUAGUUUGUUGUCUGAAUACUUGAUAGAAUGGCGUCUCAGAGACACUUAAAGGAUCUUCUCCAAGAAGAUCAAGAACCGUUUCAACUUCAAAGCUACAUCUCCGACAGACGUUGCCAAAUCAAUGCUCCGGUAACGCAUUUACAAGUCAAGAAACGCAGAGCCAUCUCACGAAACACGGGACUUCCUUCGCGUUUCUGUCGCAACGCUUGUUUCUUUUCACUACGUGAAUCGCCUGACCCCAAGAAAUCUCCACUCUUCGAACCAAAGUCGCCGAACCGGAGCCAAAACGCGAUGUUCGUCAACAUACCGGCGAGAACCGCGUCGAUGCUGCUAGAAGCUGCGGUUAGGAUACAGAAACAGUCUUCAUCGGGUGUGUCAAAAACACGUAACGCAGGAAACGCGUUUGGGCUAUUUGGGUCGGUGUUGAAGAAGCUAACGCACCGUAAGAAACGCGAGAUCAGCGGUUGUAAUGACGGUGACAGAGUUUCUUCGGUGAAAGAUAUGUUAAAAUGGGAGUCUCCCGUUGUUCGUAAAAUAGUCACAAGAAAGUCCAAAAGCAAAGAAGAAGAAACGCAGAACCACGCGUCUGAGUCGCAGUUUUCGCGGAGGUCUAGUAGUAGUGGUGUUUGGUCAGAGAGUGUUGUUGCCAAUGAAGAGAGAUCUUAUGACUGCGAUUUCGAAACGUCGAUUAGCUACAGCAGCGGGUCGGAGUGUUUAGAUGAGUUUGCGAGUGACUUAAUGAACGGCGCAGAUUACUCGGAGGAUAAACGUUUUUGUGAAAGCCCGUUUCAUUUUGUUCUUGGAACAAUGCCUUCCCCCUGCGGUUUCAAAACGCCGAAUUUCUCAUCGCCUGCGGCUUCUCCACGCCACGAUUGUCAAGAGAUGAAGAAAGAGAGUUAUGAAGUAGAGGAGGAAGAAGAAGAUAAGGAACAGAGCAGUCCAGUUUCAAUUUUGGACCCUCCAUUUCAGGACGAUGACGAAGACAUUCACAUGGAUGACAAUUACAUCACUUCAAGCUUCAGAUCUGUACAAAAAGCAAAGCAUCUGCUUCUACAGAAGCUUUGCAGAUUUGAGCAACUCGCGGGUUUGGAUCCUUUGGAACUCGAGCAAAGAAUGUCAGACCAAGAGGAAGAAGAAGAAGAUGAAGAGGUGAAAAAUCAUUAUCAGUGUGAGAUUAUAACUCAGAGAGUUGUUAAAACGUACUUUGAAGAUAUGAGAGAAGUUCCCGAAGGCGUGGAAGCAUUGAUCUCAGACCUCGUAGCAGAGGAAUUACAUAAGUACAGCUUUAUGCAAGGCGGUGAAGCUCAAGUAGCCAAAAGGGUGUGUGAGAGAUUGAGGUCUUGGAGAGAUGUGGAGUCAAACACUAUCGAUAUGAUGGUCGAACAUGAUUUCAGAACAGAGAGUUUGGGGACAUGGAGAUCAAAGAACGACGCAGAAGUUGCAGAGGUUGUUUUGGAUAUCGAGUUUGAGAUUUUUGAGGAUUUGGUUGAAGAACUAUCACAGGAAAUUGGCGGAAAACGGUGAUAUGUUAUUUAUAUUCGGGUUGCUUCCGUCACAAGUAAUGACAACUAACCAUGUGUAUUUUUAAAUGGAUGUAUGUAAAAGUUUUGCUAAGAGUGUUAAGGUUUGUUUAAUUCCUUAUCAGAA